AUGGAAUAAAUAUUAUUAAGUAUAAAUUUAAAGUCAAUAUAAUUUAAACUAAAUUAUUUUAAUUAUCAAGAAUCUAUUUAAAAUAGAAACUAAAGGUGGAGCUGUUUCUUUAACAGCAUCAAAUGUCUUAUUAACAAUUGAUAUAGAAAAUUUAAACUUAAAAGAUGUAUAAAAUACAUUAUCCUCAUCAAUAUUUUCAAUUUAUCCAUCAUCUACCAACAAUAGAAUAUUAUUAAACAAUAUUCAUGCUUAAAAUUGCUUUUCCCUUUUUAAUCAAUUUCUAUAUUUAGAGUUUGAUUAUAAGAAUGUUGCUUAGAAUGAAGUUAUAAUUUUAAACUUACAUAUCAUUUAAACUGAUACUGCAUUUAUGCUCUACUUAUAAUCAAUUGAAACUGUCAACCCUAUCGAAAUCUAAAAAAUAACUUAAGAUAAUGCUAUAAUAAAUAUGAUCGGAUGUAAGGUGCAGAAGAAAGGAUUAUUUAUAGAAGGAAUUGUAUCAUCUGGAAUAAUAAAAAUAAUGAAUUAUUUUUAGAUUGUCUUUACUAAUUCUUUAUACUAGAAUAUAUCUACUUUUUAUCCAUUAAGCUUAUUAGAACAAUCUUUUUCAUUCAGAUUUGCUUCUAAAUAACAUUUCUAUAUUAUUUGCAAAUUCAUUUUAAUACAAUAAACAAAACUAAAUUACUUCAAUUCAAAUAUUCAUUUAUAACUUAAUUAAUGUACAUUAAUAAUUAAUGAAGUACUAGAUCCUAUUUUAGAAUUAGUAUCAAUCAAUUAAUUUUUUUAAGAAAUCUUAGCUAAUUCUAAAAAAAAGUGCUCCUUAAUACAUUUGAAUAGCAUCACAAAUCAAACUUAAUUGAUAAUUAGAAAAAUUUAAUUUAUGAAUAAUAACUGUUAACAUUGUUGGAAUGGUUUAUUAAAUUUUGAAUUGACAUAAAUUAAUGUCAUCAAACUUUCAUAAUUAAAUACAUUUUGAAUUUCAUAAAAAAACAUGAAAGAAUAUCCUAGAUAGAUCAAUAAUAAUUGAUCAUUCAAACUUUAUUUCAAACCAUGGAACUAAAGGAACAGGAGUAUAAGUUUAAAAUUUAAGGGUGAUUUAAAAAAUUUAUAGAUUUAUUAAUAAUUUUGCUGAUCAAAAAGGUGGAGGAAUUUAUCUUAAUGUAAAUUCAAAUAGAUUCCUUUUAUAUUAAACACUAAUUUACUAGAAUUAAGCAUAAGUAGGAGAAGGUGUUUAUCUAGAGGGGAACAGCAGUUUGAAUGUGGAUAAUUUUUAAUAAUCAAUUAUCUUAUUAAAUUCCGCGAAUUUUUCUUCAAGUAAUAUUAAUGAAAUACCCUCACAUUUGGCUUUGUAGUCGAAUUAUCAGGAAAUGCAUUCUUAAUAAUAAUAGAUUGAUAAUUAGUUAGUCUAUUAUCAUUAAAUCCGUAAAAAAUCAUAUCACAAAAUCAUGUUGUAAGAACCAAUUAUUUAACUGUGCCUAGUGGUUAAACUCUAUCUAAUUAUCAACUUUAUAAUCCUAAACUUUAACAAUAUAUUUCUUACUUUAAUGAAAUUUCUAUAAUUUUGAAAAAUAGCAUGAAUGAAUAAUAAUCACUUCAUUUAAUAAACUCUUCAUGCAAUUUGAUCUAAGAAAUUUUUGAUAUCAAAUCCCAUUCAAUUUAAGAUACUAAUCAUUUAUAAAGUAUUGCUUAUGUUUUAAAUACAAAUAAGUAUAAUAUGGGAUCAUCAAAAUUCAAUUUUGACCCAUAUUCAUAGGAUGAUAAAAUAUAUGAAAUACUUAUUGAAUGUAAAACUGAAUAUUAGGAUAUUGCCUUAUCCUAUAGAAUGAGAGUCAAAAGCUUUUUCUGUUAAUUAGAUGAAUUUUACAUAUCUGGUAGUUGCUAAAUAUGCCAAUCAGAUAAAGGAUUUUAUUCAAUGACUUACAAUACGACAAAAUGCCCUAUUUUUGAUAAAACAAAAUUUUAGGCUAUAACUUCUAAUGGAAUUUAACUCAAAACAGGUUAUUGGAGACCAAAUUAUGUAUCUAAUUUUAUUGAACGUUGCUAUAAAAAUGCUGAUUAAUGUUUAGGCGGUUGGUCUAUAGGUGGCAAUAGUGGUUUGUGUGAGGAGUGUGAUAAAUUUGAUCUAAGAGGAGAUGGACAAUACUUUAAGAACUAAUAAUAUUUGGAAUGUUAAUAAUUUUAAGAGCUUUCAAAAAGAUUAAUAGCUUUCUUUUUGAAAUUAUUUUAGUAAACUCAAUAAAUAAUAAUAUAAGGGCGAUUUUAUCAACUCUACUUACCAUCCGAAGCAUUGAAAAAUCAAAUUAAUUAUUUACAUCGCUUAAAUUAAAAUAAAAAUUUACCGAUAUUCUAUUCAAUCUUGAUUAAGGUAAAAAUAAUCUAGUAACUUAGAUCAUGAAAGUAUUUUACUUAAAUUAUUUUUAAAUUACUUAUGGAUAUUUUCAUUUAUUGUUAAAUUUAACAUUAAAUUUUCAUUCUCUUUAAGCUUUAUUAAAUAAUCUAAUGAUACUUCUUACUUUAAGGCUAAUUAUUUUGAGUGCUUUUUGUCUAUAAUAAUGGUACUGAAUUAAUUUACAGCAGAAUUAUUGUAACUAUAUAAUCAAUAAUAUCUUAAUUAUUAAUCAUCUUUUUAAUAUUUAAACUAUUUUCAUUAUUAACAAACCAUAAAUAUCGAAGCAUCAUUAUAUCAAUAACUAUGCUAUAUUUAUAUAUUUAAAAUUACGCAUCACUAAUAAAUUAGUAAAAUUUAUUUCUUAAUAUUUUAGAUUGUUUUCUAUUUUAGCUGUGAGAAGGAUUUCUUAAAUAGACUAUAUUUAAGGAGAUGUAUCAUUACUAUAUAGAUCGAAUUCUCACAUUAAAUGGAUAUUUGGAUUUGUAGUACCUGGAUCUAUAAUAUUAGCAUUUAUAUUACCUUUUUGUAUGUUCAACUUUCUUUAUUUUAAGAAGGGCAAACUUAAUAAAAUUUAAUAUAGAUGAUAAAUUGGGUAUUUAUUUAAUGAAUAUACUGCAAAAACCUACUUUUGGGAAUGGAUUAAACUAUGUAAGAAAACCAUUUAAAUUAUAAUACUGAUUUAUUUUGAAACUGAUAUAUUUUUAAAAGCUUCAUUAUUUGGAUUAUUUUUAUUGAUUUAUUAAUUCUUAUCCUAACACUUUAAACCAUACAUCCUUCAAAGAUUUAAUAUUUUGGAUAUAUAGGCUGGCUAACUUUCCUCUGGUGCAAUAUUCCUAGCUGCUGUGAAAUAUAUAUGCGAAUAUUAAGAAAAUUAUGUAAUAUCAGGUGUCAUUCAAACUAUUAUAAUAUUGAUCAGCUUAAUAUUGAGCUAUCCAUUUGUUUAAAAUAUUCUAAAGGUUUAUUACAAAAAGUUUAAACCACAAAUUUUAUCAUCCUUGCUUUCCAUAUUCCUCGCCGCUCAACCUAAUUCUAAAUAUAUAAAAUAUUUAUCAACAAAUCUAACACUUAUUCGAUAUCGAAUUAAGUUUAAAUAUAUAACUGUAAAAAGAAGAGAAUGUUAAAAAUAAUUUUUCAAAAUUAAGAAAAGCUUUUUUAAAAAAGAAGUAUAAUGA